AUGAAAGUAAAGAUCUACUAUUCAUUAUGGGGUAACGGUGAAGAGAUCUUGUUUAUCAUACCAGGUAACAUUGGCGCUAGCGAUAUUGAAUUUUCUUAUUUUACACAAAAUGUUCCCGAUCAUUUACGAAUCGUCACAUUUCAUGUUCGUGGUUGUGGUCAAUCUAAACCUCCCCAAAUUCGUGAAUAUCCAUUAGAUUUUUAUUGUAAAGAUGCUGAAGAUUGUGCUGCUAUGAUGAAAGAAUUAGGUUUUGAAAAAUAUUCAGUCCUAGGAUUUUGUGACGGUGGUGUAUCAGCUAUGAUUUUAGCGGCUAAGUAUCCGGCUAGUGUUAAAAAAUUGAUUUUACUAUCAACACGCUCUUAUUAUACCAAAGAAGAACUUGCAAUGAUUAGUCGAUUUGAAAAAGUUGAGAACAAUAAUCCAAAAGUUUUAAACGACUAUCUUAAAAUUCACGGUGAUAUAGCAACCUAUCAACAAUGCUACGCUAACUACUUAAAAACACAAUCAAUAUUACUUCGCAAAGCUCAGGGCUUAUGUCAGUCAGAAUUAAGUAAAAUUCAAAGUCCAACAAUUAUUCUACAUGGUGAAAAUGAUUCUCUCACAUCUCUUGUUCAUGCUUACUAUCAGCGAGAGAAUAUUGCAGGAUCUCAAUUAUAUGUCAUCCCUAGUGGUUGCCAUUUUAUACAACAUCAAUUCCCCGACAAAUUUGUCAAGUUUAUUCAGGCCUAUUUGCUACAUGAUACUAUUAGUGAUUGGGAAAAUAUUUAG